UUGCUGGUCUUACGUGGGCAUGGACACCCUGGGACCCCAGGUUCUGAAUCUUCAAUGGCCUGGUUGUUGGGUGACCGGAACCAUCAUUCAUGAACUUUUGCAUGCCUUCGGUUUGAUUCAUCAGCAUCAGCGAUACGACAGAGAUAAUUACAUUACGAUUAAAACGCAGAAUGUUGAA